AUGCUACAAUAUGAAGACUUUUGUACUUAUCAUCCAUAAUAUCCUAUCUAAAUGAUAUCUCUAAACCCUAUAAUAUUUCCAUAAAGAAAAAUUUGUUGUCAAUGUUUAUUAUCUUGUAUUGAUUAAAAUGAUUUAUAAGAAAAUGGAUUAAUAACUUUUGAAGAUUUUUAUAGAAAGGUAGAAUAAUAAAGGGAUAAAAUAAUUGAGAUUAAUAAAAUAUAGUAAACAAUCUUAAAAUCAAUGAAUGAAUAAUAUAAACAAUGCAAGAUCAUACUAGAUGAAAACCUACUUAAUUUAAUGAAAAUUCAAACGGAAAUUGAAAAAUUAAUAUCAUAAGGCCAAAGACCUUUGUCUUAUAGUGAAUUAAAAAUGUUUUCAAAUAUUUUGAUUCACGAUUUCGAUUAUAAUAAAAAAAUAAUAGAAGAUUUCAAAAAUAAUUUAGAUUCUGCUUAAAUGGAAAUCUUGAAUAAAUUAAAAAAAUUUAAAGAGGAAAAUUCUAUUCAUAUUUAACUUAAUAUAAUAGUUCAGAAGUAAUAAAAUACUAUUACUAUUCCUAUUCAUUAAAAAAUUUAAGACUUAAAGUUGAAGUUUGGAAAUGCGAAUGAUUAAAUUUAUGUGAAUGAAAAAGAAAUAGCAAAUUUAAAUACAACCUUUUUUGAGAAUAAUAUUUGGUCAAAAGAAACUUUAAUUAUUAAAAAUAAUAAAAUAAAAAUAUUGUUAAGGGAUAAUUAAUAUUAAAAGUUUUAAUUAAAUUUAUAGCCCUAUGAAACAAUUUUAACAAUUAAGUAAUAUAUCCAACAACAGGAGGGUAUUAAUCCUUCUGAAUAAAAAAUCAUAUAUUUUGGGAGAGUGCUUUAGGAUUAUGAAAAAAUAGAAAAUAUAAAAUUAGUUGACAAUGUAGCAAAUAUGUUAUUGGACAUCAAAAAAACUAAAAUCAAUCUUUUUAGCAUUGAUGAAAAACCUCCCUUUAUAAAAUUAAAUCCAAAAUUUACUUUUGAAAAUAUCAUACAUUAAAUUCAAUAUCAUUUCGAUAUUCCUUAUUAGAUGAUUUCUUCAAUAUUAUUUUAUAAUACUCCCCUUUAAUAAAAUUAAUAGAUUUAGGAUUUAGUAAAAAUUUAAACCUAGCCCUUUUAAUUAACAAUUAAAUUAUCUAGGCCCAUAAUUCUAGCAAAAACCGUAUCAGGCAAAAUUAUAAUCAUAAAUUCUCAAGAAUUUGAGACAAUUUAAAAUAUGAAGAAAGAAAUUGAAAAUAAUUAUCAUAUUCCAAUAAGCGAUUAAUAUAUAUAUUAUAAAAAUGAUUUACUUGAUAAUUCAGAGUAGUUGGCUUAGAUUAGUAUUAAAAAAUUAGAUAUGAUAAAUAUUAAUUUUCUAUUAGAUGAAAACUUAACUUAAAAAUUUUCAAUUUAAGUAAUUAACUUUAAUAAUAGAUUGAGAUUAAUUUAAAUUUUACCUUUCUUAGAAGUCAUCAAUAGCCUAUCAGAUAUUGAGAUUAUUGGAAUACCUUCUUCAUCAGCUAGUUGUUUUAUAAAAGGAGUCAGGGUAACAGAUGGUAAGAACUUUUCUGAUUUUAACAUGAAAGAAAAUGACAAAAUCUUUAUUAGUCUUAAAUUUUGGGCUCGUACUUAUUGA